GCCCCGGCUGGCUCCGCGUUCCCCGCCGGGCGGGGCGGGGCGGAGCGGAGCUCGGCUCCCAGAAGCCGCCCUACGCCAGGGCGGGGGGAGCGGCAGUGCAAUGGCUGCGUUCCGCGGGGCUGCAGCGCCGUCGGGGCGGGGAGAUACAGAGUGUAUUUUGGAGCCAUUGUCUCUGCCAGAAAGUCCAGGUGGCGUUGCUGCUGUAGAAAAUUCUCCCUAUGUGCCUUGUAUUUUCUGCAAAGAAUGCUAUCUCUCAGCAGAACAAAACCAGCUCCUGAAGCACAUGAUUAUUGAACACAAGCUCGUCAUAGCAGAUGUGAAACUGGUAGUGGAUUUUAGAAGAUACAUCUUGUACUGGAAGAAGAGGUUUGCAGAACAGCCCAUCACAGAUUUUUGUAGUGUGAUAAGAACAAAUUCGGAAGCUCCUUUAGCCCAUUCCAAAGGUUCAGCAAAUUGUGUGCCAGAAAUAUUCAAAGCAGCUGCAAAUUCUCAUCCCUUACCCACACUUCCUAAUCUCUUAACAGAAGAACAGGAUAAUUAUUUUCUUCUAUGUGAUGUUUUACCAGAAGACAGAUUACUUAGAGAACAGCUUCAGCAGAAGAGACUGAGAGAAAUUCUAGAACAGCAACAGCGAGAGAGAGAUGACACAAGUUUUCAUAGUAUGUGUAUGUUCUGCGAUCAGGAAUUCACAGGAAACAGAUCUGUCCUUCUCAAUCAUAUGGCAAGAGAGCAUGCUUUUAACAUUGGGCUGCCAGAUAACAUUGUGAAUUGUUACGAGUUUUUGGCUGUAUUACAGGGGAAGCUCGACAAUUUGCAGUGUUUAUACUGUGAAAGAGUCUUCAGAGACAAAAACACGCUUAAAGAUCACAUGAGAAAGAAACAGCAUCGCAGAAUCAAUGCCAAAAACAAAGAAUAUGACAAAUUUUACAUCAUUAAUUACUUGGAAUUUGGAAAGUCCUGGGAGGAAGUGCAGUCAGAGGAUGACCGGGAGUUACUAGAUAACCUAGAAGAAGACUGGUCUGACUGGGAAGAACAUCCUAUAUGUGCUGUUUGCCUGUUCUGUGAACAACAAGCAGACACCACAGAAAAACUGUAUCUUCACAUGCAGAAAUCACAUGGAUUUGACUUUCCUAAAAUAAAGUCAGAGCAUGGUCUGAACUUUUAUCAGCAAGUAAAGCUAGUGAACUUCAUCAGGAGAGAAAUCCAUCAUUGUCGUUGUUACAACUGCCAGGAGAAAUUCCAGUCUAAAGGAGGAUUGAUAAGUCAUAUGGAGGAGACCAAACAUGUUACAUUCCUGCCAGCCAGGUCUACAUGGGAUCAACCACAGUAUUAUUUUCCUACCUAUGAAAAUGAUACGCUCCUGUGCACGCUCUCAGACAGUGAAGAUCUGAUAACUGAGGAUCAAAGUGAAGAUACCCCUGUUGUAAGCGAAGAUAUAUCCAAUCUAGAAGCUCUCAAACAGAGCAGUGUUUUAAACCAGCUCCUGUAUAAAGAGAACCAGAGUCAGGAGAAAUUCUGACCUUGAAUUACAGCUGCUGACUCUUGAGUGUUUCUUCUGCAAGAUAAAAAAACCCACAUUCUUUCACUAAUAUGGGAAUGCAGUUUAACUCAUAGAUGUUAUCACUGGGCAAAUAUUACAUGAAAGUGAAUGCCAAAUAAAAUUUAAGUGUAAACUCUUUUGGUUUAUAUUCCUUUAAAAUUUAGCUGUAUUGUAAAAUAAAAUGCUGGAUUUUCUGCCUGGAUCUCCAAA